GCAAAAAGGACACGCUCUACACUUUUCUUUUUGGCCCAGCUCUAUCCCAACAAACUCCUCAUCUAAUCUCUCCUCUCAUCUGAUUGGAUUUCAAACACCUCUUCUUCAUUAUCGAGAAAGUCAGAAUAAUAGAGAAUUUUGUGUAUCCCGAUUCCUGAUCCUUAACUUCUUGUUUCUUCACAUGUUUAUCUUCGUUUUGUCAGGCCUUUCAUUUUCGAAAUUCGCUCUGUUUUAAAGCUAAUCCAUUAAGAUUGAAAGAAAUCUUCUGGUUGCUGUUGGCAAGCUUUGGAGGAAGAAAGAGUGUGAAAUGGAUUCUGCUGGAUUUGAACUCCAAGAUAAAUCUCGAAUUGUUGGUACCAGUAACGGCAAGAAGUGCAAGUUACCUCGGACGCUUGCUGAUAAUCGGGAUGCAGUUUAUCAUGCCUCGGUUCCCAGGAAGCUACGAUCAGCAGUCAAGAAAAGGGAUACAAAAUCUGUUACACCAAAUUUGCCAAUUUCAAGGAAGCAGCGUCAUGAGUCCAAUGGAUUUCAGUCCCUGAGAAACAAUGGUGGAAAGAGAUCCAAAUCAAACAUGAAAAAGGUGAAUAUCACCAAGGAUGAGGAAGAAGUAGCUGAAGCCUUGUACACAUUGGCUGACAUGUUCUCUGCUGCCAAUCCAGAUAUCAAAGCUUCACCUACAUUGCAUGCUGUUCAAGAUGAUGAGAUUGUAGCAUCACAAGAUGAAUCUCUUGAAAUUGGUCCUGUGAAUUUGGAAAACAAAGUGAUCGAAUCUCAAACUGUAAGUGAUGCUCAGCAGCCUGAGUCGCCCGCGAACAAGCAGCCAGCUGCUGCUUCUAGUGCUUCUGGAAGUGAAUCUGAAAAUCUGAAUCCCAGACUGCCUGAGAGCAGAAACACUUCAUCUCUGCAAUUGUCAAUUGAGAACAAGAUUGCUGCUGAAAAGCUUGCUACAGCCCAAGCUCCAGUCGAAACAAAAAAGUCCCGGAAGGGAUGCUCGGUACAUGUCUACAUAAGCUGGCUGAUUAAGGACUUAGUGGUAUCAGAUGGGAAAGAAAGGCUAUUAAAGAAGCCUACUCAGAUAGAAACAUUCGGAGAUGCCGAAACAGCCACUCGUGCAAUUAACUGCAAUGAAACAACCGGAACACAUUGUUGUGGAGCUUCUGAGAAUGAGUCAGCGAAAAUCCAAAUCGGCAUUCAUUCAGAUAAGAGUACCCUUAAAGAUCAUCAACAUCAGGUUGCUGAUGAAUCCUCUGCUUCAUGCUCCUCCACAUAUCACGGCGGUUUAUUACCUUUCCCGGGAUAUGACUUCAUAUUUUUGGGCUCUGGAGUUAGAGGUUUGAACACCGGCGAAGGCAUGGGCACAAGAACGCAUGAAGCUCGUAACCAAUUUCAGGCGCCGAGAAACAUUCUGCCACAAAGUAAUGCUCCCCUACACUUUUCGCCAUCCCAGAAUGGCUACUCUGCUGCUUUCCAAGGCCAUUAUUCAUCUUUUGCAACUCCGGAGGCACAGCUCCCUCCUCAAUACCCCGGCGCCACCAUUAGAAACAGUUUUAUCGCCCAAUUGAGACAGCAGCAGCAGCAGAGAUGGGUUGGUCCUGAGGUUCCAACGCAAUACAACAGCGUUGGCGCUGGCGCCGGCUCCCUGCAACUCCCAGACUGGAGAAAUGGAAGAACAGAGAAUGUUUCGACGAUGUCGAACUAUACCCAUUCACUGUACCCACAUUUGCAGCCUUCAUUCAGCUCCAAGUACCAUCAACAAUUUUCUCAUCCCCAGCCAUAGCAGCAGCAGUUUAUGGCUCUCAAUUUCAGCAUCACCUUCCUUUGUCAAAAGUGAAGAAAAACAACCAUCGUCAAUUUGCAACUACCUUUUUGGUAAAUUACUCGUAUAAUAUGUGGUAGAAACCAUAUACAUAAUUUGUUCA